CAAAAUCCAAGAUGGCGCAGAAGUCGAGCGAACCCACCAGACCCGACACAAAACGGCUAGAAUUCAAAAAACAAAACCUCGACGACGCCUACGCUGUGCCUGCUAACGUCCUAGAGAUCGAUGUUAUCAAUCCCGAGACAAAAGGAAUUGGAAAGAAGCGAUACACGGAUUAUGAAGUGCGGAUGAGAACAAAUUUACCAGUAUUCAAGUUAAAGGAGUCAAAUGUUCGAAGGAGAUACAGUGACUUUGAGUGGCUGCGCUCGGAACUGGAACGGGAUAGUAAGAUAAUUGUGCCACCAUUACCAGGAAAAGCUCUCAAAUUACAACUGCCAUUCAGAAGUGAUGACGGAAUCUUUGAAGAUGAAUUCAUAGAAGAACGACGACAAGGACUUGAAUCAUUUAUUAACAAGAUUGCAGGCCAUCCCUUAGCACAAAAUGAAAAAUGUCUGCACAUGUUCCUCCAAGAUCCAAUUAUUGACAAGAAUUAUGUUCCUGGUAAAGUUAGGAAUACAUAGAUAUAGCUUGCAAAAAUGACAAAACAGAGGGAUAAGAUGAGAAGAUUGAUACUACGAUGCACUUAAUGAUUGGAAUGAGAGUAAGAUUAACCAAAAUUAGAAAAGAUUGAUUUUAAAAUCAAGUACUCUGAUGUGGACUAACGUUGAUCAAAAACUCUUGUAAUGCAGAUUUUGAGGUCUCUGAUAUAAUUCAAGAAUGUUUCAUGCUGGCAAUGCAAUUUUAGAUUUUUACUACAUCAAACACAGCUAGGUUUCUGUGGUGUCAUGUUAUAAGAAAAUUUAUGACGAUGCUUAAAAACCUCAAUAAAAUUGUCAAAAUGUGAAAUAAWGUAAAGAAAUCUUAGCUGACCUUUGAAAAGUAGUACAUCUUUCGCCCUGUGUACGGUGGAGGGAAAAAACGCUAAAACUGAUUAAAUCCCAAAAUCUAAGUACACAGGGCCAAAGAAAUACUACUUUUCAAAGGUCAGCUAAAAUUUCUUUACUUUAUUUCACCUCAACUAUUUGAUAUUAUAUAUUAUUAUAAUAAUAUAUAAUAUGUUUUUUUUUUUGGUGUAACAAAAUCUAAAAUUUGCCUUGGCUGUAGAAGAAAAAAUGCAUUGUACUGUACUGUAAUUCAUCCCUAAAAAUAAUUAUUACUAGUCAUCA